AUGGCUAAUGCUUGCACAAACCUCACCGACACUGUGCGCUCUGUGCGGUUGUUCAAGAUCGACGGUUUCAACAUUGUCUCUAUUGGAUUUAUUUCCUCCACCCUUGGCCCCCACGGUGAGACUAUCAAAUCCAGGUGGGAUGUCGACAGGUACGAGUGAGAAAUCCAUUGCUAUCCACCUGGUUGGUUCCCUGAUUGGGUAGAACUCAACCUUAAGCUGCUGAGUGAAGCCCGUACUGGCGGUGUGACGGCGAGCCUAAGCUGUUUCCUGGAACAUCCGAGGAUGGAGGAUGAUAUGGCACAGUCUGAAAGGAGGGUGUCACAUGUGUUCAAACGCCACGAAGAUUGCCCAAAUCGACUCAAGCUCGUGCAAGAAUCAUCUCUACCACUGCCAGCUUGUCCCCAGGAUGAUUACUUGAUUGUGCGGUGCACCAUCACAGUUAUGAAGGAAAGGUCGGAUGCGGCAACCACGGUGCCCGUGCCGACCUCCAACUUGCACCACCACCUUGGUGAGCUGCUGCGGAGCGGCACCGGAGCCGACGUCACGUUAUUCGUCCGUGGUGAGUCCUUCCUUGCUCACAAGCUCAUCCUCGCAGCAAGGUCCCCUGUCCUCAUGGCUGAGUUCUUCGGGCACAUGAGGGAGGCAAGUUCUCCAAAUGUUGUGAUCGAGGACAUGGAGCCGGCAGCUUUCAAGGCCAUGCUGCACUUCAUCUACACCGACACCGUGCCUGAACUUGAUCAAGAGCUGUUAAACAUGGCGCCUAUGGCUCAGCAUCUUCUUGCGGCUUCUGACAGGUACGGACUUGGCAGGCUCAAAGUCAUCUGUCUGGGUAAGCGCUCCGCUGGCAUCACCGUCGACACGGCAGCGACGACUCUGGCUUUGGAUGAGCAGCACCAUUGCUCGCACCUCAAGGCCAAGUGCGUCGAGUUCAUCAUCAGCACGCCUGCAAUCUUUGACGCCGUGGUGGCGACGGAUGGGUACAGGCAUCUGGAGGCAAGCUGCCCUGCAGCGCUUACUAGCAUUCUCCUCUCUGUGCGUGGGAGAGUGUACUGA